GCCUGACACAGACUGAACGAGGAGAAAGACAUGGCGUUGACUUUAAUUUUUCUUGGGUUAAUUUUGGUUCCUUACUGCCUCUCGUUGAAACCCCUGGCAGGAGGAAUACAGGAUCGCAAACCUGAUGACCCAGACGUCCUUGAUGCACUUGAUUUUGCCAUGAACGAAUUCAAUGCUAUGCAGAACAACUUGUAUCGCUUGAUGUCGACUAAAGUUAAGGAUGCGACUGUGCAGGUUGUUUCUGGCCAAAAGUUCUGUAUCGUUUCAGAGGUUGGCAUUUCCCGAAGUUGCCGCAAUGAUGAUGCUCACAAGUCUGCCUCUCUGGAUCUUUGCCCUGUUGACACUCUGGAGAUGCAGUGCAGAUUUGUAGUUAACAGCGUCCCGUGGGAGAAGCGCAAAGACCUCAUCAGCCACGAGUGUGUUGGUUUGGAGGAAAAAAUUAUGUCAUGUGAACGGAGCCAGCCUUCUAAAGUUGCAUCCAAACCAGAUGAGAGUAACUCUGUGGUAGAUUUUGAAAAGCAAUCAAAGCCAAAACCUGCCAUAGGUGACAGUGAUGUACUUGAGACAUUCCACAAGUUUGUUAUUAAACACAAGAAGCCCUAUUUAACAGAUAAGGAUGAAUACAAGAAACGCUUUGCAGUUUACCAGGACAACUUGGUCAGAGCUCGAAAGAUGCAGGACAUGGAGCAAGGUUCUGCCAAAUAUGGGGAGACAGUGUUCAGUGAUUUAACAGAGGAGGAAUUUAAGAAGAGUUACAGAAUGCCUGGUUGGGGAAAGCCACAAUAUGAAAUGAAGCAAGCUGAUAUUCCAAAGGGAGACAUUCCAAAAGCAUUUGAUUGGAGAGACAAAGGUGCUGUGACUGCAGUAAAGAAUCAGGGUAUGUGUGGUUCAUGCUGGGCUUUCUCUACAACUGGUAAUAUUGAAGGACAGUGGAAAAUCAAGAAAGGGGAUUUGGUCUCCCUCAGUGAACAAGAACUUGUUGACUGUGACACUGUUGAUCACGGCUGCAAUGGUGGACUACCAUCUAAUGCUUACAAGCAAAUCAUGAAACUUGGUGGACUCGAGACUGAAAAAAUGUAUCCUUAUGAGGGAUCUGAUGAUAAAUGCAAGUUUGCAAAGUCAGAAGCUGUUGUUUACAUCAAUGGGUCUGUUGCGAUAUCUAAAGACGAAAAUGAAAUGGCUGCCUGGCUGGUGAAGAACGGACCAAUAUCUAUUGGUAUUAAUGCUAACAUGAUGCAGUUCUACUUAGGGGGAGUUGCUCACCCAUGGAAGAUUUUCUGUAAUCCAGAAUCUCUGGAUCAUGGUGUGCUGAUUGUAGGCUAUGGCGUCAAGAAUAGCUGGUUGUGGGGAGAUGAACCAUACUGGAUCAUCAAGAACAGUUGGGGUGAAAGCUGGGGCGAACAGGGAUACUACUUGAUAUAUCGUGGAGAUGGCAGCUGUGGUUUGAACACCAUGUGUACCUCGGCCGUCGUUGACUGAGCAAUUCUCAGGUUUUGAAUCAAGUCAUUUAGUACACUAUACCUCUGAUACCUGAUUUAAAUUUAAGCAUGUAGAAUCAAUGUUUUACAUUUUUCGUAGCCAUGGGCUUUUAUUAGUAAAAUGUUUUUUUUCUUUAGUUUUUAAUUCGUUUUAUUGCCUUCCACACAGUUUUCACUUGUAUAGUACUUGACUUACUUUUUAUCGGAGAAACCAAAACAAACCCUCGUAAAAAGAUGUGGAAAGAAACAUUUUGAAGUUUUUACUUAAUGGUGGAUUUGGAAUGUUAAAAGAUGGAGCUAUUGGCCAGCUUAAAAUACUGGCAGUGGCUAUGUAAGCUUGGUAUGGAGGGUCAAAUUUUUAAGAAAUAGUUUGUUAACGGUUUAAUUGACAUCGAAACUUAGUAAUAAGAUUUUUAAUGUUCUAUUUUCCAACCUUUUUAUGUAUGUUUUAGCUGAGCUAUAUGACUGGCUUUGUAGAGAGGGAUAUAGAAUUUGUAGCCUUUGUUAUGAUAUUAAACAGUGGGUUUUGCCAAUUAAAA